AUGCUGAAGCAGUCACAGAGUGCACGGCAGGUUGCCUCCAAGAUCAAGAUUGCAUAUGACCCGCAACAUCGUGGAGCAGCUACCUCACAGCAACAUAGCUUCAUUGCUAGUAGCUGUGGUGUUGUUAUUCGAGACAAUUGUCCUUUUCAGUGGGAGUCUUGGGCAGAAAUUCCCGAGGAGACGAAGAGACUGGUGCGACACGAGUUGUCGGUCAUUUAUGAUCUUGAUGACAUAUCCCUUGAGGUCAUGACCUACUUAGAGGAGACCUUAGCAAACCGGUACAAAAAUUGGAAGAGCACUUUUCACACGUAUUUUAAGCGAUGGGAUGAUCCAGAGAUUGCUCGCCUACAUGUUCCAAGCGAGUUAAAGGACCGGCCAGAUGAUUGGGAGUGGCUCUGCAAACAUUUUACGGACCAAUUUGUGAAGAAAUCUGUUGCUAGCCAAAAAGCUCGUGAGUCAAAGACAUUUCUCCACCAUUCCGGUUCGAAGCCCUUUUCUGUUUUUUUUCUUCAGGAGGGUUCUAAGUUCCCAGCAAUCGACAUGUUCAAGGACGUUUACGUUCGACCUGGUCAGGAGAUUAUUGAGCAGUUUCAUGCUACUAUGGUGGAAAAGAGCACUUCUGUUCUCCAAGAAGCAACAUCGCAGCUUCCCCCGGAGACCCCGAUCGAGGACGUCACGAUACCUGAGGAUCUAGGUUUUCAGAUCAUGACUGAUGUCCUGGAUCAGAACUUAGGUCGUCGUCGUGGCAAGGUUGUUCGGUGUAUGGGGAAAGCACACAUUCGUGAAACGGGUGCCUCUUCUUCCAGAUCAAACACAACAGAGGUAGAUGCAUUGAAGGAGGAAGUGACAACCCUAAAGGCUCAGGGCGAGCAGAUGAAGGAGCAGCUGAGGGCCCAGGGCGAGGAGAUGAGGUCAUAUGCCGGGGCGUGGAGAGACCUUGUACAAGCCAUACAGAUGUCCGGCCUUCAAAUCUCACUACCAACACCUCAUCUUGGUCCACCUUCGACCUCAGAGCCACCUCGCCCUGCCGAUACCUAG